CCGUCUGUGCUCUGUCCCCAGCGCUCCACUUCCCGUCGACACGCUGCUCAGGGAUGACCUUCGGCGUCCUGCUCCUUCUGGGUGUCCUGGCUUCUUAUCAUGGAUUCAACCUGGAUGUGGAGGAGCCCACGAUCUUCCAGGAGGACGCAGCCGGCUUUGGACAGAGCGUGGUGCAGUUUGGUGGAUCUCGACUCGUGGUGGGAGCCCCCCUGGAGGUGGUGGCGGCCAACCAGACGGGACGUCUGUAUGACUGCGUGGCUGCCACCCGCAUCUGCCAGCCCAUCCAGCUGCCCAUCUGUCCCAUGGCCGUGAACAUGUCCCUGGGUCUGACCCUGGCAGCCUCCACUGACCUCUCCUGGCUUCUGGCCUGUGGCCCGACCCUGCACAGAGCCUGUGAGGAGAACUUGUACUCAAAGGGUUCCUGCCUCCUGCUGGGCUCGCAUUGGGAGAUCAUCCGGACAGUCCCCAGUGCCCUGCCAGACUGUCCACAUCAAGAGAUGGACAUCGUCUUCCUGAUUGACGGCUCUGGGAGCAUUGAUGAAAACGACUUUAACCAGAUGAAGGGCUUUGUCCAAGCUGUAAUGGACCAGUUUGAGGACACUGAUACCCUGUUCUCACUGAUGCAGUACUCAAACCUCCUGAAGAUCCACUUCACCUUCACGCAAUUCCGGACCAGCCCGAGCCCGCAGAGCCUGGUAGAUCCCAUCGUCCAACUGAAAGGCCUGACAUUCACGGCCACGGGCAUCCUGAAAGUGGUGACACAGCUAUUUCAUCAUGAGAACGGGGCCCGCAAAAGUGCCAAGAAGAUCCUCAUUGUCAUCACAGAUGGGCAGAAGUACAAAGAUCCCCUGGAAUACAGUGACGUCAUCCCCCAGGCGGAGGAAGCUGGCAUCAUCCGCUACGCCAUCGGGGUGGGAAAUGCCUUCCAGAAACCCACCGCCAGGGAGGAGCUGAACACCAUCGGCUCAGCCCCUCCGCAGGACCAUGUGUUCAAGGUAGACAACUUCGCAGCCCUUGGAAGCAUCCAGAAGCAGCUGCAGGAGAAGAUCUUUGCAGUCGAGGGAACCCAGUCCAGGGCAAGCAGCUCCUUCCAACACGAGAUGUCCCAAGAAGGCUUCAGUGCAGCCCUCACAAUGGAUGGCCCCGUCCUGGGGGCUGUGGGGAGCUUCAGCUGGUCUGGAGGUGCCUUCCUGUACCCCCCAAAUGUGAACCCCACCUUCAUCAACAUGUCUCAGGAGAAUGUGGACAUGAGGGAUUCUUACCUGGGUUACUCCACCCAGCUGGCCCUGUGGAAGGGGGUACAGAGCCUGGUCCUGGGGGCCCCCCGUUACCAGCACACCGGGAAGGCUGUCAUCUUCACCCAGGUGUCCAGGCAAUGGAGGAUGAAGGCUGAAGUCACGGGGACCCAGGUCGGCUCCUACUUUGGGGCCUCCCUCUGCUCCGUGGACAUGGACAGCGAUGGCAGCACCGACCUGAUCCUCAUCGGGGCCCCCCAUUACUACGAGCAGACCCGAGGGGGCCAGGUGUCUGUGUGCCCCUUGCCCAGGGGGCAGAGCAUGUGGUGGCAGUGUGAUGCUGUUCUCCGAGGGGAGCAGGGCCACCCCUGGGGCCGCUUUGGGGCAGCCCUGACAGUGCUGGGGGACGUGAAUGGGGACAAGCUGACAGAUGUGGCCAUCGGGGCCCCGGGAGAGCAGGAGAACCUGGGUGCUGUCUACCUGUUUUCCGGAGCCUCGGGAUCCAGCAUCAGCCCCUCUCACAGCCAGCGGAUCACGGGCUCCCAGCUGUCCCCCAGGCUGCAGUAUUUCGGGCAGGCGCUGAGCGGGGGUCAGGACCUCACCCAGGAUGGACUGGUGGACCUGGCGGUGGGGGCCCGGGGCCAGGUGCUCCUGCUCAGGAGUCUGCCGGUGCUAAAAGUAGGGGUGGCCAUGAGAUUCAGCCCCGUGGAGGUGGCCAAGGCUGUGUACCGGUGCUGGGAAGAGAGGCCCAGCACGCUGGAAGCUGGGGACGCCAACGUCUGUCUCACCAUCCACAAAAGCACAUUCGACCAGCUAGGUGACAUCCAAAGCUCCAUCGGGUAUGAGCUGGCACUGGACCCAGGUCGUCUGACUUCUCGCGCCAUUUUCAGUGAGACCAAGAACCGAACUUUGACUCGAAGAAAAACCGUGGGACUGGGGGUUCACUGUGAAACCCUGAAGCUGCUUUUGCCAGAUUGCGUGGAGGAUAUAGUGAGCCCCAUCAUUCUGCGCCUCAACUUCUCCCUGCUGAGAGAGCCCCUCCCCUCCUCCAAGAACCUUCGCCCCGUGCUGGCCGCGGGCUCACAAGACCUCUUCACUGCUUCUCUCCCCUUUGAGAAGAACUGUGGGCAAGAUGACCUCUGUGAAGGGGACCUGGGUAUCACCCUCAGCUUCUCAGGCCUGAAAACUCUGACCGUGGGGCAGUCCCUGGAGCUCAACGUGAUUGUGACUCUGUGGAAUGCGGGCGAGGAUUCCUAUGGGACUGUCGUCAGCCUCUACUACCCAGCUGGGCUGUCCCACCGACGUGUGUACGGAGCCCAGAAGCAGCCCCAUCAAUGCGCCCUGCGCCUGGCAUGUGAGGCAGUGCCCACUGAGAACGAGGGCCUGAGGAGCAGCCGCUGCAGCGUCAACCACCCCAUCUUUCACGAGGGCUGUAACGGCACCUUCAUAGUCACAUUUGAUGUCUCCUACAAGGCCACCCUAGGAGACAGGAUGCUGAUGAAGGCCAGUGCAAGCAGUGAGAACAAUAAGGCUUCAAGCAGCAAGGCCACCUUCCAGCUGGAGCUCCCAGUGAAGUAUGCGGUCUACACCGUGAUCAGCAGGCAGGAAGAAUCCACCAAGUACUUGAACUUUUCAACCUUCGAUGAGAAGAAAAUGAAAGAGAUAGAGCAUCGCUACCGGGUGAAAAACCUCAGCCAGCGAGGUCUGGCCGUCAGCGUUAACUUCUGGGCUCCUGUCCUGCUGAACGGUGUGGCUGUGUGGGAUGCGGUCGUGGAAGCCCCAGCCCAGAGUCUGCCCUGUGUAUCAGAGAAAAAACUUCCCCGGCAUUCUGACUUCCUGACCCAGAUUUCCAGAAGUCCCGUGCUGGACUGCUCCAUUGCUGGCUGCCUGCGGUUCCGCUGUGACGUCCCCUCCUUCAGCGUCCAGGAGGAGCUGGACUUCACCCUGAAGGGCAACCUCAGCUUUGGCUGGGUCCGCCAGAUGUCACAGAAGAAGGUAUCCGUCAUGAGUGUGGCUGAAAUGACAUUCGACACAUCCGUGUACUCCCAGCUUCCGGGACAGGAGGCAUUUAUGAGCGCUCAGAUGGAGACCGUGCUAGAAGAAUACAAGGACUACAAUGCCACCCCCCUCGUCAUGGGCAGCUCUGUAGGGGGUCUGCUGCUGCUGGCGCUCAUGACAGCUGCACUGUACAAGCUUGGCUUCUUCAAACGCCACUACAAGGAAAUGCUGGACGACAAGCCUGAAGACACUGCCACAUUCAAUGAGGAGGAUUUCAGCCGUGUGGCCCCAAAUGUGGCUAUGUCCUAAUCCACUUUUCUGUUUGUCUCUACCCCUGUCAGCUGGUCUUCCUUGCACCCAUAAAUCAACUUACAUGGAUACAACUUCUGCAUAGAUCUGCACUGGCCUGAGCAACCUACCAGGUGCUAAGCACCUUCUCAGAGAGAUAGAGAUUAUAAUAUUUUUACAUGUCUGUCUACCUUUUUCAGCAAUGACCCACUUUUUACAGAAGCAGGCAUGGUACCGACAUAAAAUUUCAUAUGUAUAAGAAAUGUCACAUGAAAUGAGGGUGUUUAUAGCACACUUUCCUUGCAUGGGAGAGCUCUAACCCAAGGACCUGAGUGCCAGUCUGGGAAUAACUGGAGAAACCUAUUUGUGGGCAGUGAAAAAGUUCUCUCACUUUCUAUGGCAACGGAUGCCUGAGGUUGUCUUUUCUUU